UGUGCCGGUUAUAGAGCAUCGUGCCCAUGGCUGACCUCCUGGUACUCAGGGCCGUUAGGGGAAAAGCCAGAACUCUGAAUCUGAACGGCAAGAGACUGCAGCGGGUUCCCGGGGCCGUGGGCAGCCUUCAUUUACUGACCGCGCUGCAGCUGAAGAACAACCAGCUGCGCCAACUCCCGGAGGAGAUGGUAGCGCUACGCAAUCUAAGAGUCUUACAUUUGGGAAAUAACCUGUUUGAAAAAGUCCCAGAAGAAAUACAAUACCUCCAGUCUUUGCAAAGACUUCAUCUGUUUGGGAACAGGAUUACUGAAAUGCCACCAACCGUAUGCGAUGGGCUAGAAAAUCUGGUAUCUCUUAAUCUGAACAACAACCUCAUUGAACAUAUUCCUGGUGAAAUGCACAAGAUGAAACGCCUCGAGAGCCUUAGCAUAAACCAUAAUCGCUUGAAAGCCUUUCCAAGAGAACUGUGUCUUUUGCAAAAUCUUCGCGAGCUCCACCUUGCAAACAACCAAAUAGAGGCCUUACCCGAGCAGAUGAGCUACAUGAUUAAUCUGACCGAGCUGCGGAUCUCUAGGAAUAAGCUGAGUAGUCUCCCAGAGGGACUUUGCAAACUUAAAAAGUUAAGAAUUCUAGAUGUGGCAGGAAACCAGAUUCAAGUGUUUCCAUCUACAAUGCAUGAGGUUCCACUGCAAGAACUAUACUGUGAAGAAAACCCCCUGCUUCAGAAAGAACCUUUGCCUGCUGUACAAGAUGAGGAGAUCUUGUCACUGAAGGAAAUAACAGCAAGGUUAAUUUUACGCCAUCUACAAAGCAGAGACUCUAUCUUACGGCAACAAAUCCAAGACUAUCCAGAGGCAAAAUCCAUCCUAUCAAACAGGAAUGUCUGUGCUCUUUGUGGAGAAUGGUUUCUGGACAUGUGGCUGGAUUGUGUGAAGUUUGUUGAUGUUACAAAGAAAAUGAAGACUUCAAGCAAUGUGAAGUUUUUACCAGUCAGAAUUUUAUUAUGUUCGUACAAAUGCUUUAAUCAGAGGAACGGUGACAUUUUUGGAGUGGCAGUAGCAUGACUCAGGCCACAAAAUUCUCCAGUCAUGUGUUUGAAAGCAGUAAUAAUUUAUUAGUAUUCAACUCACAGUAUUUAUUGUUUUAAAGUAUUAUUUACAAGUGACCUAUCUCUUCAAACUUGAUCAAGCAGCAUUGUUGUUGGGUUUUUUUGUUAUCAUUCUAAAUAAAAUAUGGUAAUACCUAGUUUUGACACCA